AUGACAUCUCACAAGGUGCCCAUCAUUAUAGGUGUCAGUGAAAUUAAGAAUCCCUCUCGGAGAAGAGAAGAUGCCAUUGAGCCGCUGCAGCUCAUGCUCAAUGCGAUCAGGGAGGCAGCCUGUGAUGCUUCCAGCUCUCGUAUGGCUGAGCUUAUUGCCUGUAUUGACAGUGUGAGCGUCGUGGCUAGUUCGACGUGGCCUUACAAAGACCUUCCAGGUUUGGUCUCUGAGGGACUGGGAGUUAAAGCCUCGCAUACAGCUUACAGUAUCUUGGCCGGAAGCUCAUCCGUACAAUUGGUUGAUGACACGGCCCGGAUGAUUGCAAGAGGUCAAACUGAGGUUGGAAUUGUUGUGGGAGGGGAAGCAAUGGCAUCAUUGAAGUCGUUCAUCAAAGAAGACGCGUAUCCGCCACCGUGGACCGAGCCGGAGACCAACGACAUCUACUAUGCCAAUAACACUAACAUGCUCACUGGGAUUGGGCGAGUUCAUCGGGUGGGAGUUCCUAUGCAUGUCUACGCAAUGUAUGAAAACGGAUUGCGAGUCCAGAGGGGCCAGACCCCUCUCGAGAAUCUCCAAGAGUCCUCAUCAUUGUACGGUCAAUAUAGUGAGAUUGCAUCCCAGCAUCCGGUAGCAUGGAGCUUUGGGAAACCAUGUCUCACAGCGAAGGAUAUUGGGACUAUCACUAAGCAGAAUAGGAUGAUCUGUCAUCCCUAUCCGUUAUUGAUGAAUGCUUUUAAUGAUGUGAACAUUGCUGGUGCUUGCAUUUUGACUUCAACGGAGUGUGCUGAGCGAAUGGGAAUAUCGCGGGACAAAUGGAUCUUUCCGCUAGGAGGUGGGAGAGCGGAGGACUCCAUUGACUUCUGGGAUCGCCCCAACUUCUAUUCUAGUCCCGCGAUUGCCACUGCCCUGGAUAUGUGCUUAGAGUCGUCGGGACUGCACAAAGAUGAAAUUGAUAUGUUUGAUUUCUACUCUUGUUUCCCAAUUGUUCCUAAAUUAGCAUGCCGCCAUUUGGGAAUCCCGUAUGACAACCCUCCAAAGCCAAUCACUCUCCUUGGCGGACUCACCUUCUUUGGUGGUGCAGGUGCAAACUAUUCUAUGCACGCCGUCGCGGAGAUGGUCCGUCAGCUACGGAAGCUUCAUGGUAGUUUACAACUUUCACAUGGCCUCAUCCUCGCCAACGGAGGCGUCUUGACAACUGAGAAUGCAAUAUGUUUCUCUACACACCCCCGGAGAUCCAACACUCCCUACCCACAGGAAGAUAAGCCCUCGAUUCAUUCAACUCAUGAGCAUGCGCCCCCGAUGAGUUUUGAUAGGGAAGGGGAGGUUAUAAUCGAGACAUACACGGUUGAGUAUGAUCGAGAAAACCAGCCACGUCUUGGCCAUAUUGUGUGUCGUCUGAAGAAGAAUGGGCAUCGCGUCAUUGCGAAUCACGGUGACAUGGCCACAUUGGAGCAGCUGGCUAGCUGGACCGAGGAACCGAUUGGACGAAGUGGAUUUAUCUGGUCCUCCCCCUCUGUGGCGGGUCAGAAUCUAUUUGGCUUUCGAAGGGGCAAUAGGCUUUAGUAUUGGGACUUGAUCGAGAAGCAAGACGAGUGAUAGGACAUGGUUGACUCAGUCUACUUCGAGAUCAAGAAGUGACGAGAAAUGAGCACUAUCACGCAAAAAAAGACAAGGAAUGCAAUUGGGGUGACAGGGACAGUCUAUUAAAUAACUAGGCGGUAGAUACCAACCCUGAAUGCAGCAAUACUC